CAACGAUUUGGAUAGGUUAGCAAUGCCGGACUAUGUGCCUAGUGAGCAAGAUGUUUUGCACUCCCGAGUGAAAACAACUGGGAUUAUAGAGACUCAGUUUUCUUUCAAGGAUUUGAACUUCAGGAUGUUUGAUGUGGGUGGACAGCGAUCAGAGAGAAAAAAGUGGAUUCAUUGCUUUGAGGGAGUUACUUGCAUCAUAUUCUGUGCUGCACUCAGUGCCUAUGACAUGGUUCUGGUGGAAGAUAAAGAAGUGAACAGAAUGCAUGAAAGCCUUCAGCUGUUCAACAGCAUCUGCAACCACAAGUGCUUUGCAGCCACUUCCAUUGUGCUGUUUCUAAACAAAAAAGACCUCUUUCAAGAGAAAAUAACAAAAGUUCAUCUGAAUAUCUGCUUUCCUGAGUAUAAUGGAUUAAAUACAUUUGAAGAUGCUGGAAAUUACAUCAAGAAACAAUUCCUAGACUUGAACAUAAGAAAAGCAGAUAAAGAGAUAUAUUCUCACUUGACAUGUGCCACAGACACUCAGAAUGUCAAGUUUGUAUUUGAUGCAGUCACAGACAUAAUAAUCAAAGAAAAUCUGAAAGACUGUGGGCUUUUCUAGCCACUCCUUCCCUUGCUCAUAGCCUGACUUCUUCUCAGUCCACUUUUCUCUCUUCAUCCUGUGUGCUGACUGAAAUAACUCUAGGAAAGAA